GGUAACUCUCCUGGGAAUAUGGAGAGUGGAAAUCUAUCAGCAGUGGCUGAAUUUAUCUUCACUGCAUUCCCCCAGCUCCAGGAAGGUGGACUUCUGUACUUUUUCCCUUUAUUUUUCAUCUACACAUUUAUUGUAAUUGGGAACCUAACGAUCUUCUUUGCUGUAAGGCUGGACACCUGUCUCCACAAUCCCAUGUACACUUUCAUCAGCAUCUUCUCAUUUCUUGAGAUAUGGUACACCACAGCCACCAUCCCUAAGAUGCUCUCCAAUCUCAUCAGCAAUCAAAAGACCAUCUCUUUCAUCGGCUGCCUCUUGCAGAUGUACUUUUUCCAUUCCCUUGGGAACACAGAAGGGGCCUUGUUGACUGUCAUGGCCAUUGACAGGUACAUUGCCAUCUGCAGCCCACUGCACUACCCCGCAAUCAUGACCACCCGACUGUGCGCUCAGCUCUCUGCAGGCUCUUGUAUCUUUGGAUUCCUCAUCCUUCUACCUGAGAUUGUGUGGAUUUCCACUUUACCUUUUUGUGGCCCCAACCAAAUCCAUCAGAUUUUCUGCGAUUUUGCCCCUGUAUUAAAUUUAGCCUGCACAGACGCCUCUGUGAUCCUGGUGCAGGAUGUCAUUCAUGCUCUUGCCAUUCUAAUAACAGGUCUGAUUAUUUCUCUUUCUUACAUCAGGAUUAUUGUUGUUAUCCUGGGCAUCCCUUCAGUUGAGGGCCGUAAAAAGGCCUUUUCGACCUGUGCUGCCCACAUUGCCGUCUUCCUGUUGUUUUUUGGUAGCGUGGCCCUCAUGUAUCUCAGGUUCUCUGCUACUUACACACCUUUCUGGGACGCGACCAUUGCCCUGACUUUCUCUGUCCUUGCUCCCUUUUUCAAUCCCAUUAUAUAUAGUCUGAGAAAUAAGGAUAUGAAAGAUGCUAUUAAAAAAGUCCUUUGCUCUCAAAAGGUAUUUAGUGUAUCCGACGGGUAA